AUGGAAAACCCAAGAUUAUCUAAAAAGGAAAAGAAGCUGCUCAAAUACCAAAAAUCAAAAGAGCUAAAACAAAAUCAAAAGAAAAAGAACAAUAAAGCCAAAAAAGAGAAAAGAGCUGAAAUGUUAGCAUCAAUGGCAGAUGAACAAAGAGCAGAGUUUAUAGCUAAUGAAAAAUCUUCAAAUCAAAUCUUAGAGGCUGAAUGGCUUAGAGUUAUCAAUGAAGGGACGCCCUUAAUCUUUGAUUUAUCAUUUUGCAGUCUUAUGAAUGAGUUAGAAAUAAAUUCUUUAAUCACCCAGAUUGCCCAUUCAAUAGGCUUUUUGCGUAAAAACGAAAAGCAAUUUUUCAAGUUGAUUUGCUGCAGUGUUUCUGGAGAAGUUAAAGAAAAAUUGGAAAAAAGAAGUGGAAAGAACUGAAAUCUACAAUUAAGGGAAGAAGACAUUGAUGCUUUGCCUGAAUUGUCAGGAAAACAAAUAAUUAUGAUGUCACCUGACGCUCCAGAUCCUUUAAUUGACGUAGAUCUAGAAAAUUCUGUCUAUGUCAUAGGAGGACUUGUAGAUCGAACCCGAAAAAAUUCCAUAACCUUAAACAAAGCAGUACAAAAGAAUUUUAGGGCUUAUAGACUGCCAAUACAGGAAGAAAUAACACAAGUAAACUUUAUAUAGAAAAUACGAGUUGUUUUAAAUAUCAACACAGUAGUAGAAAUAUUACAUAAAAAAGCAAGCGGGAUGCCUUGGAAAGAAGCUUUAAAUUCAAGCAUUCCGCAACGUCUUUUCAGACAAGUAGAAGAGAGCAAUAAAAAAUCUCAACAAAAUCAAAUUUUGACACCCAAAAAGAUUGACAAGAGCCCAAAAAUUGAAGAAGCUAAGAAUUAA